AUGCCUCGCACGCAGCCUGGCUUGUCUGUCCAGAAAGCUUGUCUGUCGAAAGCAGAUCCUGACCAGAUGAAUUCGAUUGUAUUCUCCACUCUGUGUUCGGAAAACGAAGCUUUCCCGGAUGGUCGUCCCAUCGAGGUGAAAGGCUUCUUCAUCGCCACGUUGGCUACAAUACCUGGUUCCGGAAAGAAGAAAAGCACACGGGUAGAAGAUCGCAUCGUCGUUUUCGCGACCGAAACCGGGGAUCUACUGGGUGGAAAUGUCCCUUAUGCGCUGGAUCUCCUCUCUACGUCUCCGUCCGUGGAACUUGCUCAGGUCAACCUCAACACGGAGGGCCUCAAAAGCAAAUUCCCGAAACUCUUCGAGACGUCUCUCGGUCUCUGCACGAAGACAGAGGUUGAACUCCUUUUGAAGCCGGAUGCGUCUCCCGUUUGCUUGCCAGCUCGUCCUCUGGUGAUGCCGGUCCGAGAACUCGUGGAUCAAGAGCUAGACCGCUUAGUCAACAACGGUACACUCUGUCGCGUCGAUUCUUCGGAUUGGGCCGCACCGAUCGUGGUAGUCCGCAAAGCCAACGGCCAAAUUCGCAUGUGCGCGGAUUAUUCUACAGGACUAAACGAAGCUCUACAGGACGUUGACUAUCCACUGCCCAAUAUGGAAGAGAUCAUGGCGAAAUUCAGCGGCAACACAGUCUUCACGCAACUGGAUCUAGCCGACGCUUAUCUUCAACUCCCCCUCUGCACUGCCAGCCGGGUACUCACCACGAUCAAUACUCAUCGCGGGUUGUUCCAGUACCACCGCUUAGUUUUCGGUCUAAAGACAGCCCCGGCCAUCUUUCAACGCACAAUCGAACAGACCCUAGCUGGUCUCGACGGCGUCCUCGUCUAUUUAGAUGAUAUUGUAAGGGAGUUUCAAGGGAACCUAAAGAAGGCAAGAGACGGUAGGGAAGACGGGGAUCGAAAGAUAGCGCGGACACAUAGGCAAACCAGUAACAUGCGGAAAUCCUAA